GUUCAAUGUUGUGAGAGAAAAUUGCAUUGCUGUCUGCUGUGAUAAUUGUAGGUGUUUCCGCAACAAUGAUGGGCGUUUGAUAGCCGCUAACACCUAUUUUGUGCACAAUAUGAUCAGUUUAUGUUAACGUAAACAUGAACGCUGACGUUGAAACCCAUAUUCGCCAAAAUCACACAUGGCAAAAACUUCCAGCCAACAUCAAACAGAGUUUUGGGAAUUCUCAAAGAGAGUAUGACAAGGCAGUUGUGAAUUUUAGUGUUAAAAAUCAGCUUCGAUACAAAGGAAGUCUUGUGCGGCAUAUACGAAAGGAUGAGCGUCGUUACUACGAGGACCUCCUGCAGUACAGCCGGGAUCACUUAAUGUUGUACCCCUACCACCUGUCUGAUGUAGUGGUGAAAGGACUGAGGAUUUCCCCAUUCAUCUACUACACCAAUAUGAUGCAGGAUAUCAUGACACAGGAGAAGAGUUACGACUCCCUCCCUAACUUCACUGCCGCAGACUGCCUGAGACUUCUAGGUAUUGGCCGCAACCAGUACAUUGAUCUCAUGAACCAGUGUAGGUCAUCAAAGAAAUUCUUCCGUAAGAAACCAGUUCGAGAGUUGUUACCUGUCCAGCCAGUGGAGACAGCGAGUAUUGAAUCUUGGUGGAUUGUGAACACAGGCUACAUCACAGAAGAUGACAUCAAGAUGUGUGCUCAACCAGAGAAGACUGUGAUAGACUCCAUCAUUGACAGCGGUCCACAGACAGCAGGGGACCAGGAUAAAGAUGUUGUACAUAGUUUGUAUAGGAAGGGGCUGGUGUAUCUAGAUGUUCCUAUGGCAGAUGAGGAUUGUAUCAUAGUGCCUCCUCUGGAAGGGUUUGUGAUGAAUCGAGUUCUAGGGGACUACUUUGAAACGUUGUUGUACAAGAUCUUUGUGUCUAUAGAUGAACACACUACUGUUUCUGAGCUGGCCAGUGUUCUACAGAUAGAUCUCCAACUAGUAAAGAAUGCCGUGUCUAUGUACUGUAGACUAGGGUUUGCUAAGAAGAAAACAAUUGACCUCAACCCGUACGAAGUACACCCUUCCUGGACACAACAAGCUCCCAAGACAGCUAAGACCCCAGUUAUGCAGAAAUCUAGUCAGGAUUUGUUGAUUGACCUGAGCAAUGCAAUGGACGUUGAUCUGACAGUCAGUGAUCACUUCGAGUCCGAUAACCUCAACUCCAACUCCAAUGCAGAUGCAUCCUCCAUUGAAAGUGCAAUAGAACAGAGUAACCAAACAUCGGGACAGAACAAGAGGAUAGCCUUCCUGUUCGACUCCACCCUCACAGCAUUCCUGAUGAUGGGAAACCUGUCUCCGGGUCUGAAGAGCCAUGCUGUCACCAUGUUUGAAGUUGGGAAACUCAGUGAUGAGUCCAUGGAUAGCUUUCUCUCCGAGCUGGAAAAGGUCGGCUCCGAUGCUGAAGGUGAAGCAAGACGGUACUUCGAUCAUGCCCUGACAUUACGUGACACGAUCCACUUCCUGCGUCACAACAAGAUCCUGUGUGAGGACACAGACAGUGUGAACGGUCAGGGCAUUGACCUGCUGAGAUGUGAGAGUCUUCUCAGUCUGGAGCCAGCCACCAGGGCCAGGGUGCUCAACAAAAACUACAGUCUACUGGUGUCUAUGGCUCCGCUGAGUAACGAGAUCCGCCCAGUCAGCAGCUGUGUGCCACAGCAUAUAGGACCAGCCAUUCCAGAGGUGAGCUCGGUGUGGUUCAAGCUGUACCUGUACCACCAGACUGGCUGUGGCCCCCCCUCUCUGCUACUUGUGAAGGGCACGAAACUCCGUAAACUACCUGCAGUGUUCCAGAGAUAUGAGCGUCUACUGGUGACGACAUGGGGACAUGAUCCGGGCAUCAUCGCCACCUCCAAUAUUCUCCUCACUCUCAAUGAUGCUCUCACACAUUCAGCAGUCUUUGUACAGGGUCAUGGCUACAUGAAUGAUGGAGAAACCUUGCAGAUACCUUUCCCUCUCAAGAAAGAUGAACCAGGUUCACUCAGCAAAGCCCACCACAGCUGUCACCGUGUGGUCCAAGCUCUCUCCUCCAGCAUCGACCUGGUGCACACCUGUGGCUUCAUCACUCUCAUCAGGCCCGGCAAAACAUGCAGCAAAUACAAUGACCACUUCGCUUCUCCAAUAAACAAGUCAUGCUCCUUGACCUCGAUUGGUGAAAACAUGGAGAAACCAACCAAUGGAAUCAAAGACGACUUAUCGGCACAAGUAUUAGCAUCCGAGAUUGAUGCUUUGGACAGUGUGGAGAGUUCUCCAUCAAAGCCCUCGAAGGAUAAAUUGACUCUGCAUCUAACGGACAUGAGUGAGGACGGAGUGGGCAGCCAGCCACCAGAGGGAGACUGGCUGCUGCUGGACUGUUCCUUUGGUAUACCGCUGUUUGAUACUAGUUUGAACAAAGACAUUUGUAAUAAAAUCUCUUCUUUGGGACUUUUCAAACAGGAAAGUCUCCAGGGUCUGCUGCAUUCCAGCCGUCUGCUGUCUCUCAGACUCCUGGACUUCAUCACUGAGUGGCAGAAUCCAUCUGUGAUAUCGGAAAUCGAGUCAUCAGGAGUCCCAGAGGACAAGGAGGAGCACUCUGCCAUCUACCCCACGCAGAACAUUCUCUUCUGUGACGGGCUGCUCUCCAGAUGGACCACGCUCUGAUCACAUGCAGUCCUAGACAGAAGUACCGCCCUAGACCAGUACAACACCAUCACCAGCGACCAGGGCCACUGUCAACUGUCUGAUCACAUGUGAUCCUAGACAGAAGUACCACACUAUAUUGCUACAACAUCACCAGCAACCAGGGCCACUGUCAAAUGUCUGAUCACAUGUGAUCCUAGACAGAAGUACCACUCUGUACCGGUACAACAUCAUCAGCGACCAGGGCCACUGUCAACUUGUCUCUGCUUCAGGUUGACCAUACUCUGCUCACCCGUGGUCCUUGACCGGAGUACCAUCAUACACAUGUACUAUAAUCAGUGAUGACCAGAGCCAUUGUCAACAAUCUCCCGGUGACGGGAGGGCAUAAUGUACAAAUAUUUCACACUGUGUUUGAGGGUAUCUUUAGUCUCCAUGUGUAAUGUGUGUUCUAUACAUCUCAUUAAGUACGAUUUCUGUCAGACAAACUCUGAUGUACCAAUGAAGUGAUCAUGGCCACUGUGAAUUUGAUUCAAAGGGUUUCAAUUCCCAACAGGUGGAGGUGAGAUGAGCUUGGUCUUUGUGUUUCGAAAAUUGCCCUUCACAUGUUGGGUAGAUAUCUGAAAAUUAAACAUCUGACCACAAAGACCAAAGAGUUUAAUAAACAAGUUUAUGCUUGUCACAUGGUGUGAAAAAUUGUUGUUGACAACAAUUGCGAAGUCCUACUAUUGGGACUGUAUACUGUCUGUAUCUAGGCAUCCUCAGGAUGUGUCUUAGGUGUGAUACAGUAGAAGACUGUUUGGAUGUCAUCUGAUGCCAUUUUGCCAGUCUGUAUUCAGACAUUGUAAAAGCAUUUAUAGUUAUAAAUCCUGCUCUAGA